UGUAUGUGUGGCACCUCCGUGAAGCAAGUGAGAUAACCCAUGUUUGGCUACAGAUCUGUAUUUUUUUUUUCUUUUUUGAGGCUCUCCCUGCGUGCAGUCUCUGGUGGAAGGAUGUGAUGAGCUGCAAAUAAAUAAAUAGCUGAAUAAAAAGCCGGCGAGAGGGGGAAAUGGAGGGAAAGGCCUCUGCAAAGGGAAGCAAACAAUGGAGUUGGAUGUGAAAGCGAAUGAGUAUUUUAGAAGCCAGUUUAAGGCCCUUCAGGAACACCAGCAAAGGAGGCUGCAAAAUCUGAUGCAGAAAAGGAAGAAGGAAAACAGCCAGAAGGGUGGUAGUGGCAACGCAGAGGAGACUUUUGGCAGCCCGAAUGACCUAAAUCUAUUUGAAACCGGACAGUCUGAAAAUGACAAUGUCAGCAAAAGGUUGCUUGAGGCUGAAAAUGAGCAGCUGCAGGAUCAGCUUCGAGAAGUUCGAGAUGAGAAUGGCAGACUGUACAAACUAGUGAGAGAGAAAGAUUUUGAAAUAAAGCAACUCCAGAAAAAAAUACAGGAGGACAAACUGGCUCUAUUAGGGACAUCUGGUUUAACUGGGGAUAUUGCAGCUACUAAAAUAGUUGAAUUGGGCAAAAAGAAUCGGGAGUUGACUGCUGAGACCGAGAGUGAAAAAGCCAAAGUGAAGCAACUGAGUAACAAAGUCAAAGAGCUGGAGAGAGAACUGCAGACAGCCAUGGGAAAAAUACAUUCUCUUGGUGGUGGUGACUCAGGAAUCAAACAAUCUACUCUGAAGAUGAUAGAAGAAAACUUGGCUGAAAGUCCAGAGGUGAAAGCAUUGCAAGAAAAACUAACCACAGCUAACUUUAAAGUGAUGGAGUAUCGUAAUCAGCUCCAAUCCACAAAACAAGAACUGAAGAUGACUCAAAAGCUUUUAGCAAAUGAAGUUGGUGAAGAUGUGAAUAUUCAGAAUCUCCUGACCACAUCCGGCAGCUGGCGUGGACGAGCCCAGCAAAUUCUUGUCCUCCAAGGCAAGGUUCGAGAGCUGGAGAAUCGUCUGGGUCAAAACAAAAGCAGAACAUCAUCAACUGAAAUUGGUGAUGAAUUUCUGGCACUUACUGAUCCAAGGAAGUUGUCAGCCCAAGAGAAGAACUUGUUGAAGAUUCGCAGCUUGGAAAAAGAAAAAAAAGAAGCCUUGGAGAAGCUCUCUGAGGAACAUGAUGCUCUCCAAAAAGAUCAUGAGGAAAUAAAAAAAAAAUUUGAUGCAUCAAAAGCCAGGAACAAAGUGCUGUGCAGCGAAGUGAAAACUCUGAAGGGACAGAUCGUAACCUUGUUGGAGAAAGGAAAACACGACGAUGAGCUCAUAGAUGCCUUACUGAGUCAGCAGAAGCAAAUGCAAGAGAUCUUAAUGCACCUGAGCCAGCAAGAUGAGAAGAACAAGGAGUCCCAGCAGAUUCUAGGGCAGCACUUGAACAGUGAAUCUCAAAAACAAAACUGCCUUAUAGAGCAGCUCAAACAGAUGGUGGCUGAACGAGAAGCAAAGGUUAAAGAGCUGGAAGAGAUGAUUGGGCAGCUCACACUUCAGAGUAAAUCUGCCCAUCAAGGAAGCAGUUCAGGAGUUGCUGCUAUACCACCCUUUGAACACUCGGAAGAUACAGGUUUUACUCUACUCGGGACCCUGGCAUCAAGCAGUGAUCAGAUUGGAAGGACUGGAUCUGCUCGCACUGUGUCCAAGAUAGGCCAUAUGCUUGUAGAAUCGGCAGCUACUAAGCCUCCCCUUUCCUGUAAUAACGUCACACCUGGAAGGCUUGCUAAGACUGACAGUCCAGAUUUGAAAGUGCUGCAGACACAGAUCACGGAGCACAAGGCUCUCUGGCAGGCUGCUGAAGUGGAAAGAGACAGGCUCCUGGAGCUGGUCACUGUGCUGCAGAAAAGGGUGGAGGAAAGCAGUGAUAAAGUUUUGGAAGCUGAGAAAAAGCUUCAGGAAGAGCGGCGGCGAUGUGUAAUUUUGGAGCAGCAGCUUGAAAAACUAAAAAUGGAUCCAGGGAAGAACACAAGUGCACAGAAACCUCCCCUGAGGAGCAAGGCAGGUCAGUCCACUGGUCAGUCUAGACUCAGCUGGAACGUGAGUGAUAAAGAGCUCUCUGCAGCCCAGCUCUCCAGGCUGCCUCUAGAAUCGCAGAUUCAAGAGCUGAGCACAAGGCUUGUGAUCCAGCUGGAUGAGAAUGAAGCUCUGAAGGCUGCUUUGGAAACUGCUGUGAGAAUGAAAGAGGAAGACUUUAAACUGUACCAAGACACAAUGGACCAAGUGAAGGAGAUCUUUCUACAGGCCCUUCGGCAGCAGAAACAGGAGAAGAAUUAAGCAAGAUAUUCAGAAUCCUUUGGACUGCCAAGAAGGGGGAGAGCCCAGGCCUUAUAGCCAUGAAUUGAAAUGCAGUGGAAGUGUAGUUUUCCUGCAAAUGGUAAAGAAAUGACAUAAUCUGAUGCUGCGAAGGAUGAGAAAUGGCUCUAAACAGAAGUACAAAAUCAAUGAAGAUUUUGCAUUUCAGCAAGUUCUAUCUGUAAGAGUUAGCUAGCAGCUGGCUCUCAAACUGCACAUGCUGUGGUUUCGUGGCAUUUAGGAAGCUGCAGUUCUGCAGUGUGAUGUUAGGCAAAACCUUUCAGCAGAAUUUUCCUAGAAAGUGCUUGGUGACUAAUAUGCUGCUGACUUUAUCUGCACGUGUAGGAAUUUGCCAUACAAAACUUAGGCCAGCCCCUUUCCAAAGCCAUGCCAGGAACAUAGUGAAUUGAAUUUUUAUCAGCAAGCUGAUACCCGUCUGUCUUAAGGCUUUUGUGCAAUACUUAAGUGCUGAAGGAGUAGAUUAGCCCGGCCUGUGAAUAUCUGCAAGUGAACUUUGUGGAGACUCUGUUGAGCAUCGCAGUCUGUGUCUUUGCUUAUUGCGUAUUGGCAGUGAUAAGAGCUUUCACUGCAGAGGUAGGCAGACUGUGCAGACUACCCCUCCUGUCAGGCAGACUUGCUUUAAAUUCAGCUCCUGUAAUCACACAUUCUAUAUGAAACUUGCCUUCCACGAUAAAAAUGCCCAAUUUCUUGGUCUAUGCAUUCAUCCAUCAGUCAGGUCUUGUUCUUGCUAGGAAGAAAUGCUAGCAAAACACAGGCAAGUUCUUGCCACACUUCUUGUGAUGCUAAAAACCCUUGCAUCUCUGUCAUUUUCUCUUACAGCGUGGUGAGAACACUGGGCGCAAGCUAAUCAGGCAUUAACAUGCAGCUUGCUGGCAGUGAGCUAGCCUUAGGGAUUAUGAACAAAUGGAGAGCUGGUCAUUUUUGUAUAGUGCUGCUUUGUUUUGCAGUUGAGAGUCUUUCAAAGCUCUUCUCUUUCUGCUUUGCUUUGUUAGCCGCUUUUUGCAAGUGCAAAGUUUGCCAGGCAUUAACCCCAUCCAUCAACAAAAAGUGGAUUUGUGGACAGACAAGCCACCACUGCCUUCCCCAAUAGUAGGAGCAGGUUCUAAUUCUUACCUGUGCUGAGAUAAGGCAGAAUGAAGAAGAGAGCAGAGUUGAGUUACUCCAGACAUAGUGAGAGCAGCAUGGUCCCUGUCAUCCUUCUGCUUAGUCUCAGCAAUGUCUCUUCAAAUAGUUCACCGAGUCCCUGACAGAGGAGGUCUUUGAACCAAGGAGAAGCUAAAUGCCUGAGAAUUAACCCUCUCUGUGCUUAAGAAGAACUUGACCCUGCUUCCCCAACACUGACCUUUAGCAGAGCAAACUUGUGAGGUGCCUGUCACAAAUGGCAGGACCAGAUUCCUCUUGCUCUCCUUGGCAAUAGCAUCAGAGGAAGAGGCAUCUUGCAACUCUCAGCCCCAUCUCCAGCUUCUGACAAUUCAAGGAAUCAUAAGUCCUGGAUCCCCUGUGACUGUGAUGGGGGGGACAGAUACAGUCUCAUCCAGGUGAGCUAGUUGCCUCUGUUCAACUCCAUCCUGAGGGAGAUUGUGCAGUAUGGGGUUGACUGAGCAGACCAAAGAGAAGAAAUCAGUCUACCUCAGACAGAUAUUUUAAGAACCUGCAGUAGUGAGGAGAAGAUGUUGAAAGGUUUGCUGAGCUGUGGCAAGAGGUGCGGAUACUUUGCUAUGUAUUGGCUGCUAAAUUCAGGCCUGAUAGCUUACAGU